GGAGUAGUGAUUUUUAAGAGAAGGUCCCAAAAGCCAGCCCCACCACUGCGACGCCAAUAACUUUUGCUUCAUCACAAACGCUUGUGCAAAAAAAAAGGCUUUCCUUUGACACAAACGCCGACCCCCUAAAGAAUUCCGACUUCUGCCUGGCGCAAAGUCAUAAUUAAAUUCCUUACCGAAGACGAACGACGCUUGUGAUAGUUAGUCUAUUCCGAUUAUCUACCUACCGUCCUUUGUCAUUCUACAUAUCGUCGUCAAUCAUUACCUCUGCGACUAGCGAUCGGCUGCGACUGCCCCUCCACUAUCCGUUCGCCUAUUCCGUAAUAUCCUCACCACCCACGCUCACCUUCCCAACUGCUAUCUGCUAUCCCACGAAAAGGGAACUUGCGCAAUACCUAAGGUUGCCUGACUCAAGGCUUGCUGCUAUUCCUUCCUCAGAUACCGAAAUUCUACUCUCCUACCUGGAAUAUUAAAACCAUAAAUUCCAAAUCGCAAAUCGGUCAACCGUACACAUCCAAAAUCCGAAACUUGACCCUCUGUCUACGCCAAAUUUAUUCCUUCUAGUACCGUUCUCGCCAUUCAAGAUGUCGGAACAGGUCGAUCUCACCACCAUCCCUAUCUCCCCCGAAGGCGAGAGCCCAAAGGCAGAAGAGCCUGAUAGCGGCAAGUUGGUCACUGUCUUCCACGACAAGGACAACUUCAACGUCAAGCACCCUCUUCAGAACAAGUGGACAUUGUGGUUCACUAAACCCUCUAGCGGCAAGGGAGAUAACUGGAACGACCUGCUCAAGGAGGUAAUCACAUUCAACUCGGUCGAGGAGUUCUGGGGUAUUUAUAACAACAUCGCGCCGGUUUCUGACCUAGCCUUGAAAUCCGAUUACCAUUUAUUCAAAGAAGGCGUCCGACCGGAGUGGGAAGACCCCCAGAACAAGCACGGCGGCAAAUGGUCUUAUCAAUUUAAGGACAAGCGUAACGUCGACAUCAAUGACCUAUGGCUACAUACGAUGCUAGCCGCAAUCGGAGAGACCCUCGAGGAAGAGGAUGAUGGUGAGGUUAUGGGUGUUGUCGUCAACGUUCGUAAGGCCUUUUACCGUAUCGGUGUUUGGACCCGGACUAUCGGUAAGAGCAUUCCGGGCCGUGGCGACGGUGAUGUAUCUGGCGGUAAGGGACGAACCGUCGAAAAGGGCCAGAAGAUCCUAUUGGCCAUUGGCAAGCAGUUCAAGGAGAUCCUGAAGCUGCCCCCUAACGAGGUUGUCGAAUUUUCCGGUCACACCGAUUCAGCUCACAGUGGCAGUACUCGAGCUAAGGCCAAGUUUACCGUCUAAACUGUUAUAUGCCAUCUCGACAGAUAUUCUAAUACUGGGUGCUGUUGACAUGGUCUACAAUUUUGAUACUGGGAAUCGAAAACGCCUUGGCAGAAGUGAUACUAGUGGGAGGGGUCGAGUACGUUCGCCGGUCGUCUGUUACUGGCU